AUGCGCGACACCAAGAAAUCUGAUGAUGCAUACAAAAAGGAACAUUGCUUUUGGCACUCGGCACCGCCACUGCAGGGCCGCAUUGAGCCGAAGGAUGUCGACUACGAGGAGCAAGAAGCGAAGUUGGAGAUCAAGGAACGGCUUGGGAAGGACGGCGUACACUGGACAGCGGCGGUCAAGCUGAUGGGAGGCUCGGUCGAGGCGCACAAGAGGUACCUCAAGAUGAUGAAGGAUGCAUGUUGA